AUGUCAGAUGAGGUCAUUUCAAUUGGCGGUGGCCUAGAAGACCCAAUUGUUCAUCUGACUGCUGGCGAAGACACUCCAGUGCGAGUCUCCGAAGGUGGAACACUGGAAUCCAAUUGUUACCUCGAAAAUGAAACGGAACUUACUGGAACCUACUAUUUCCAGUGGGUAUCUAUCGGCCCUAGGGAAAAUAGAACGCUAUCUAACAGUCGGGAACUUCGCCUGACUAAUGUAUAUUCGGACUCUUUCCGUGAUCCAAUCUACUGUAUCGUUGAGCGGGAUGAUGAUGGCGAAAAGUUUGAGAAGCAAAUCAGCAUUGAAUAUUAUGGAGCGACUGUGAGUCGUCAAUUGCGUAUUGAACCAAUGCCAUCGGAAGAUAUGGCCAGUGGAAGGGUUGUUCGAAGAUGCGAGGUGUAUCCCGCCCCUCCAGAAAGUGAAGUAUGGGAGUUCUCGUGGUCUGAUCCAACUGGAAGAAUCAUUUCAAACACUGAUGUUCUUUCUAUCAUGGUCACAGGAGAACAACCAUCGGUCGCCUACACUUGCCGGGCCAUAAAUCUGAGGACAAGUGACCAACUAGUCGGAGAAUUCACAGUCCACGCCCGAAAUGUUCCGGCAACAAUUACAUACUCCACUGAAAUUGAGCCCAUCUCACGUUCUUUGGAGUACGGACGUUCAUAUGAAGCCAAUUGUAUGAUUCUGCCUGAACCCCCUCAACCAGUUGCCUAUACAUGGUAUUUCAAAGGUCGCGUCGUUGCUGAAGGUAACCGACUCUUCCUAGCCAAGUUCGACCAUUCUACAGCUGGCGAGUACAUUUGUGCAGCUAGAUCUCUCUAUGGUUAUAAGAGAGCUUAUGCAAACGCUACACUUGGUCUUCAUCUUAAACCCAAUCCUGAAACACAAACAGAAUUACAAGAACCACCUGGCAGCAAUCUAAUCACCAACCUUGGUGAUCGCCGAGAACUUCAUUGCGAAAUUUCAACGAGUGAUCGCAAUGCUGUACAGUGGUACCUCAAUGGAACUCUCGCUGAUGGUAACUCUCUGGCGAACAGUACCGGUCAUCUUCAGCGUAUUGAUUAUAGCCGUGUCAGUAUAAUGACUAUCGCCGGAGUUGAGGCCUUCCACGAAGGUGUUUGGGAGUGUAGAACUCCGACAGAAAGAAAAAUAGUCAACGUCUUUGUUGUCACGUACAAUGAGAUCGAAGUUAACCCACCAUUAUAUAUCCUUUCUGUGGGAGAAGACAUGGAAAUUCAUUGCAGUGCUCAGGGAUCUCGUGAGAUUCCCAAUACCGAUUUAGAGUGGUUCUUCCGGCCAGUAGGAUCCAGUAUUAUGCAACCGCUUGUAUAUGGACCUGGUGGAUUUACGCGUAUUGAUGAUCCUCGUGCCAAAUACACCUCUGUCAUUUCUAAGUCCAGUGUGGUUGCUUAUGACGAAGGCGAAUACAUUUGCCGUGAACCCGGUGGAAGAACUGCCAUUAGUACCCUUCAAAUCGUUCGCACACUUCCUCCAACCCUCCACAUCACUCCUAGUACUAUUAAGAUUCGACCCGGCCAGGACGUCAGCGUUCUUUGCUACUCCAUGCAAGCAGAUCGACGUUCGCGUGGACCACGACCAAGGCUCCGAGCUUAUGAUCCCCGACUUCCACUACAAGCCAGAGAAGCUCCUGAUAAUGCCAUUAGUGGAAUUGUGAUUCGAGCUGAUGCCUCCUUCAACGGAACAGUCAUUGAAUGCUACUCCGAUAUGCCAAACGUGAAGCCAGUCAGUGUAAUCAUCCAGGUUGAGGACAUCUGUCCACCUGGUUAUCGUCGUUGCCGCAAUGGCGAAUGCCUCGAAGCUGGUCGAUUCUGUGAUGGAAUUCGUGAUUGUGCCGAUGGAAGUGAUGAAGAUCAAUCACUCUGCCAUGCCUGUGACCCAAUCGUGAUGACAUGUGAGACUUAUCGUGGACAACAACCACGCAAACAAACCUACAUGGUUCAUUGGCAAUGCGAUGGUGAAGAUGAUUGCGGCAAUGGUUACGAUGAAGCCAACUGUCAAGAUCCAGCCAUCAACUUCUGCGUCAAACAGUCCUACACAUGCCCUUCAACUGGUCUUCAAAUUCCACGAGCCUUCAUGUGCGACUCAGAUCCCGAUUGUGAACGCAAUGAGGAUGAAGAUCAGUGCAGAGAACCACAGAUUCUUAAUGCGCCAAGAAGUCAAUAUGCCCACCGCCGUGGUGACACUGUGACCUUGGCCUGUGAAGUCGCCGGUCGUCCUAACCCACGUGUAAUCUGGCGCUUCAACUGGGGUUGCCUGCCUGAUAGUGGACGUAUGUCCGUUCGUAACUUUGUGGAGAAUUGUGGAACUCCCAACGAGAAGACUGUCUCCACCCUGACUAUUAGCAACUUUAGGCCCGGAGAUGACGGUAUUUACAACUGCGAGGGUCUCAAUGGACUUAAGCGUGCAAUGUCUCGUGAUUAUACUGUCAUUCUUACUGACUAA